AUGAAGGUCAGUGAAAAAUUGCAGAAGCAUAAGGAAGUGUCUACUAAGGCAACGUUCUCGUAUGAGUACUUUGUACCAAAGACCACACAGGGUGUGCAAAACCUGUACGAUAGAAUGGAUAGAAUGUAUGAGUCUUCUCUACCCCAAUUUAUCGAUAUUACAUGGAAUGCCGGUGGAGGUGUCUUGUCGCAGUUGUCGACAGAUUUGGUCGCAACUGCACAAUCUGUGCUUGGUCUAGAAACCUGUAUGCAUUUGACUUGUACCAAUAUGCCCGUUAGUGAAAUCGAUGAUGCUUUGCAGAAGGCUUACGACUCGGGUUGUCAAAACAUCUUGGCUUUGAGAGGUGAUCCACCAGUGGAUUCCAAUGAGUGGACCCCAGUUGAAGGUGGAUUCCGUUACGCUAAGGAUUUGGUCAAGUAUAUUAAGGCUAAAUACGGUGAUCAUUUCGAUAUUGGUGUGGCUGGUUACCCAGAAGGCCACCCAGAAGACGAUACUGAUGAUUCCAAGUUGAUUGAUUAUUUGAAGCAAAAGGUUGAUGCUGGUGCUAGCUUUUUGAUCACUCAGAUGUUCUAUGACGCUGAUAUCUUCAUCGCAUGGUGCAAAAAAGUGAGAGCCGCUGGUAUCGAAAUUCCUAUCAUUCCAGGUAUCAUGCCAAUCACAACCUAUGCUGCUUUCCUAAGGAGAGCUCAAUGGUGUGAUAUACACCUUCCUCAGGAGUUCUUGGACAGAUUGGAACCUAUUAAGGAUGACGACCAACAGGUCCGUGACACCGGUACCGAUCUACUAGUCGAGAUGUGUCAAAAAAUAUUGGAUAGCGGUUAUGUUACUCACUUGCACUUGUACACUAUGAAUUUGGAGAAGGCACCUUUGAUGAUCCUUGAUAGACUCGGUUUGUUAUCGCAAGAAGAACAUGUUAACGGUGAGAACUCGUUGGCAAUGUUGCCUUGGAGAAAAUCAUUGAACCCUCAACGUCGUAACGAAGAAGUAAGACCUAUCUUCUGGCAACGCAGGCCCUACUCUUACGUUGCUAGAACUUCUCAAUGGGCGGUAGAUGAGUUUCCAAACGGUAGAUUCGGUGACUCUUCGUCACCUGCCUUUGGUGAUUUAGAUCUAUGUGGUUCUUCGUUGAUUAGACAGUCAGGCAAGAAAUCCCUUGAAUUGUGGUCAACACCAAAGACCGUUGAGGAUGUUGCUCAAUUGGUGGUUAAUUUCUUAGAGAGGAAAGUCAGCUGCUUACCAUGGAGUGACACUGCAUUGAAUCACGAAGUCGACGUGAUCUUAAAUGAUUUGAUAGACCUCAAUAAAAAGACCAUCAUUACAAUUAACUCCCAAGCACAAGUUAAUGGUAUCAAGUCAAGUGACCCAAUCUUUGGUUGGGGUCCAAAGGAUGGUUACGUUUAUCAGAAACAGUAUUUGGAAUUUUUAUUACCAAAAUCAAAACUUCCAAAAUUACAUGAUGCUCUGAACAGCGACGCUAUCCUAACCUAUUUUGCAGUCGAUAAUGCAGGCAACUUGACCAGCAAUCACCCUGAUGGUAACAAAGCAAAUGCGGUGACUUGGGGUAUUUUCCCCGGUAGAGAAGUUCUACAACCAACUAUCGUUGAAAAGAUCUCGUUCUUGGCGUGGAAGGAGGAAUUUUUCCACAUUCUAAAAGAAUGGAGAUUGAAUUUUCAAAACCACCAAAUCAAAGAAAGUAUCGAUGUAUUGAAUGAUCUCAUCGAUAAUUACGUCCUCGUAAACAUUGUGGACAACGACUAUGUCUCUCAGGAGAACAAAAUUUUUGCAUUAUUAAACAACAUUUGA